GAGAAUAUGGCGCAUGCCGUGUGGGAAACAUUGGGUACAUAUGGACUGAAAGGCAGGAUCUCCGCCUUCGUCAUGGACAAUGCGACAAACAAUGAUACACUGGUCGAGGAGAUUGAGAGGCUGUGCAUGCUCGACGGCAUACGCUUCUCCGCCACGCAGGCGCGCCUCCGGUGCAUGCCGCAUACCAUCCACCUUUCUGCCAUCAAGGCCGGUACUGCCUCAUCGUACAAACUGCGUAGGCUCAUUAUCUUGCAGCUACUGGAAGCGAUCGGUGCCAUAACUCGCUCAGAGGCGGACAAGGCAUCGAGCCGGACUGUCAAUUACCAAGAUUCCGUCACCAGUCCCCUU